AUCUUAUGCGAGUAAAAAUGAAAUCUUUUCUAACUCUCACCGCCAACUUCACCGCUCUCAUUGUUCUCAUUAUCUCACUCUAUAGACCCGCGUUUUUCUCCGGCGAAAUCUCCGGCGAUGACACACCAAGACAUAACAUAACCCACCUCCACUUCUUCUUCCACGACAUGGUCGCCGGCAAAAACCCCACCGUCGUCAAGAUCGCGGGCCCCACCACCGCCUCAAACCCUUAUGGCUUCGGGGCCACCAUGAUGGCGGACGACGCCUUGACGGAAGAUCGAGACCGUUCAUCCGGGGAGAUCGGACGGGCGCAAGGGAUUUAUGCGGUGGCGGCCCAAAACGACGUCGCUUUGCUCAUGGUGAUGAAUUUUGUCUUCACCUCGGGCGAGUACAAGGGAAGUAGCCUGAGCCUCUUGGGAAGGAACCACGUCAUGGACGACGUCAGGGAGAUGCCGGUGGUCGGAGGAAGCGGCGCGUUCAGACACGCGCGCGGUUACGCCUUGGCUCAUACGGUUUGGUUUGAUAAUACCACAGGGGAUGCUACCGUAGAAUACAACGUUUAUGUAACACAGUAGGAAAAAUAAAAUAUAUUAUAUGAAUGAUUUAUCACUAGUUUUUUUGUGAGUUAUAAAACUUGUACAUUGAUCAUUAAUUUCCAAUUUGUUAUUAAAAUGUUUCCUUCAUGAUUUAU